AUGAAUCAUCUGAUGAAAUCAGUACUGAGACCAGUUAUUCGUCAAAAUCUUGCGUGUAUAUCAUCCACGACAAGUAGUUCGACUACCAAUGAAAACACAAAGAGAAUGUUUGAUAUGGUGAAAAAUAUCAAGUUUGGAAUGUUGACAACGAUAGAAGAUGAUAACAGUUUAAGAUCAAGACCAAUGGCGAGUAAACAAGCAGAUCAAUUUGAUGGUACACUGUGGUUUUUUACCAACAAAAGUUCACAUAAAGUUGAUGAAAUGAAAAAAAAUAUUGGUCGUGUAAAUGUUAGUUAUUCAGAUAUCUCCAAACAAAAUUAUGUAUCGUUAUCAGGACGAGCCGAUAUUAUUGAAGAUAAAAAUAAAAUGAAAUCGCUUUGGACACCGUAUCUUAAAGCGUUUUUUCCAAAAGGUUUGGACGACGAUGAUCUGGCUCUGUUAAAAAUAACCGUUGAUUAUGCCGAAUAUUGGGAUGGACCAAGUAACAAAAUGACACAAGCCUAUGGUAUGAUCAAAGCAUAUGUUACCGGUGAUGCGAGUAGCAUGGGAGAAAAUAAAAAAGUUAAUGUUCAAUGA